AUGUCUUCCACUCAAGAUGCCAAUGAUGCUCUCGACCUUGUCUCUGACAAGAUUGCCCGGCUGAUCACCCAGUCGGAAAAGUUGAAGCAAGGUGAUGCGGCUGCCAAGUCAUUGGCACAUGAGAUUGCCAUCACUUUGGUUGGUGCAUUCACCCAAUAUGGGAAUGCUGCGACUUCCUUCACUCCAAGGCUUCUGUCUUGCGCAGCCAAGAUCCGGGACAACAGCGGUCCGAAUGGUAAGCUGAGGGGUCUGCCCGACUGGACGCAGAUCUCGGAUGAUGACCCUCACAUCCGGGUUCACCCCCUUUUCCACAAGACUGUCGGCUACACCCACCCAGCUGGUCCAUCGACACAGGAGGCUCGCCUGGCUUCACCCGUCCCACCGGCUACUACAUCGACCCGAGAGGCAUCGAUGACCCUCUCCCCCAUCACUUCUCCCACACCCACACCAUCACCACCACCCACCCCCGCCCCUGCCCCCACCCCCAAACACAAUCUCUUUGUGCCGGGUACAAAGCACAAGGCCUCGACUCCCGAUCCCGAACCUUCGGCACCGGAAGGAGAUGUUAUCAUGGUGGUACGCGCACCAUUGCCGAAGAAGCUCAAGAUGGAGCUGGCAGUCCGGAAGACCGCGACACUGCCGCCCUCGGUCAGCGAUGAAGAUUCUGCUGAGGACACGCACCCCAUGCGCCUCUUCCUGACCCAAUGUGAGCGGUGCAUCAAGGACGACGUCCCUUGCACCAUGAUGCUGGGCAAGAAGAACAGUGAGGUCCGGAAGUGCUGUCGCAACUGCGAUGGCAAGAAGACCAAGUGCGUCCGUCUGUCCACGGAGCAGCAGUGCCUUCUGCGGGCUGCCGUCGCCCUCAAAGGGGUUAAGGCUGCUGCUGCCGCAGAGAAGAAGGCCCAGAAUGGCACCCUGAAGAACAACGCCCCCCCUACGCAGGCACUCACUGCCGAAGAUGAUGCAGAUGCGGAGGGUGAUGAUGAUCCGGAACACAUCCCAGCCAUUGUGCUCCUGGCCCAGCCCGGUCCAGACGUCGGCCCCAACCUAUCUGUCGCACAGCCGACGGCUCUUGAUAUAUUCAAGAGCGUUGAGGCCCUCAGCCGGAAGUUCAAUGCCUUGCUCAAGACAUUGGACGAUCGUGCAGAGGCCUUCCAUCAGCAGAUGGACUCUCGGGUCACUGCUUUGGACCAAGACUGGGGCAGCAGAUUUGCCCUCAUGGAGAACAGGCUCCGGGAGGACGAAAUCAAGACCGCCAACAACACCAUGUCCAUCGGACAUGUCGCCAACAGUGUCAGGGGUUUGAGAGCUGGACAGCCUCUCGACGCUCCUCCCGAAGGCCACCCCUUUGGCCCAAUACCCCCUGCUUGGCUUGCUCUACUGCCGGGUACCCAUGAGGCCAUCCAAUCUGUGGACCAGGGUGUCUCGGUAGUGGGGAAAGAGUGGACCACCAUUUGGGAUCCAUCCAAAGCCAGUGGAGCACAUGGCCCCAGUACCACCUCUGCCUCCGCAGUUUUUCCUGCCGGCUCUCCCACUCUGCCGAGCGGUUCUCAUUUGUCCAGCAUCCCUUCCACCCCCGACAAGUCUGAGAAGUAG